UAAUAUAAGUCGAGGUGAUGCGAAGUCCUCGAUACAGGGUGGACGUCAACGGCACCAGUCAGUCUUGAGCACCAUGGCCAGCCAGUCGCAAGGAGUCCAGCAGCUGCUCACCGCCGAGAAAAAGGCAGCUGAGAAAGUCGCAGAGGCCAGGAAACGAAAGGCUCGUCGGCUGAAGCAGGCCAAGGAUGAGGCUCAGGCUGAGAUUGAGAAGUUCCGGCAGGAGAGGGAGCGGCAGUUCAAGGAGUAUGAGACCAGGCAUCUCGGCUCCCAGGAUGACAUUGCCCUCAAGAUCAAGAGUGACACCCAUGCUAAGAUCACUGCCAUGAACAAGCAGGUGGCCACCAACAAGGACAAGGUUAUUGAGCGCAUUCUUCAGCUGGUGAAGGACAUCAAGCCCGAGCUGCACGUGAAUGCCAAGAGAGAUUAAACUUAAGCUGUUUGGUGUUUGUUCUCAACUUAACAAGAUCCUGUGAAGUCCUGUUACUCGUAGGGUUGUGUACUUAGACAUGUGUACUGAGAGUUGAGCUUCCCCCUGGUGUACAUAACAGAUGUUUCUAUGUCAGUUGAGUGAGUGGAUGGCUGUUGUUACUUUCCAGAAUGCCUUAUUUAUCAUCCAUUCCAAGGUUGCAGCUCACAUGGCUUGCCUCUGACGCUGCAGCGCUAAAUGGCACAAUUUUAUGCUAAAUGAUUGUUGUUCGGCAGAUUAUUUAGAUUGUGUAUAUUAUAGCAAUAUGUUGUAUAGAUUUUUUUUUUUUUUAUGUACAAAUUUGUUGUUCUAAUUUAAGUGGUUUGAUUUGUGUAUUAACAUAUCAGUGAACCACAAGAAUCUUUUCCUCCUUACCUGGUUGCCUGUAAGGGUUAGACAAUAGAACGGUUGUAGUGAAAGUAUUUCUUUAUUUUUUUUAUACAACAAUUACAAAGACUAGCCUCAGAAAGACCAGAGAGGUUGUAACCACUCAAGUGAGUCACUUAGGCGAACAGCACUCACUUUGAUACUGUACAAAUGAAGGCCAUCACCAGUCGAUGAGGAAAUGGUCAUCACCAAUGAGAAACUAAUGAAAGUGACAAUAAAAUGAUGUGCACCACAUUAAGCUGCUUGGCAGCCAUGGUGAUCAACAUGUAUGGGAUGAGUGUGUAACCAAGUAGCCUAAAGAGACCAAAGGCGAUCUAAUUAACAUCCUACAAUGCAGUGAUGGUUAAUCAUUAGGAAAUUGCACUGCCAUUGUAUUGAGCAUUUCUCUCAAUCUAAGUCCAUCAGAUUCUGUUAGACUAAGUACAUCAGGAGAUUUCAGACUGAGGGAAGAGAUAGCACAGUGUGACCCAAAUGCUGAUUUACUUGAUUCUAAUCACAACUGUACAAUGGAACCAAACUUGGUGCUUAUUUGGAGUAAAUCAAGGCAAAGUUGGUAGGCUGGUUGUAGGCCAAGAAGAUGGGCAGGUGGAGGAGGAGUGAGUAACAGGAGGCAUCAACUUCUUUGGAGACUUUGAGCCAGUUCUGUAGGAACUCCAGCAUGGCAUCUGUGCUCAUGUUGGUGGGGUUGAGGCCACGAAAGAUUAGCAUCUGCAAUGGAGAGGUUUUGUGUUCUGUUAGUCAUCCCUGUAUUAUGAAUCAUCUGAUGCUGCCUUCCUUGUACUCUGCUGCAUGCCUUCAUAGAUUUAUCAACUGUACUUAUUUCAUGUCUAUUCUGUCCAAUCUUAAAGUAUAAUGGUCAAUGUUUUAAUUUCUUUCCCUGGUAAACACUGGAACAGUCUAUCUGUCUCUGUUUCUACUUCCUUUCAUGCAGGGAGUGUCUAGUUAACUUAGGAACUAGACAUGCAUUUACUGUGGAACCUUCCAAAGUCUUCUCAAUAAAAGUGGUAUGUGGUAAA